AUGGUGCAGUCGCCCAUGAUAUCGUGCCCGCUCAAGCAAACAGCCGAGAUAGACUGGAUCGCUCCGCUCAAGGGAUAUAUCAGGCAGACCUACGGUGAUGACCCGGAGCGGUAUUCGGAAGAAUGCGCUACCUUGAACAGGCUGCGGCAGGACAUGAGAGGCGCCGGCAAGGACAGCGCUUCUGGGAGAGACCUGCUCUACCGGUACUACGGGCAGCUAGAACUGCUGGAUCUCCGUUUUCCUGUUGACGAGAAUCAUAUCAAGAUAUCCUUUACCUGGUACGAUGCCUUCACGCACAAGGCAACAUCCCAAUACUCUCUGGCCUACGAGAAGGCCUCCAUCAUAUUCAACAUCUCCGCCGUCCUAUCCUGCCAUGCUGCCAACCAAAACCGUGCCGAGGACACCGGACUGAAGACUGCAUACCACUCAUUCCAGGCCUCCGCCGGCAUGUUCACCUACAUCAACGACAACUUCUUGCAUGCUCCUUCGACUGAUUUGAGCCGGGAUACGGUUAAGACGAUGAUAUCCAUCACUCUUGCUCAGGCGCAGGAAGUCUUCCUCGAGAAACAGAUUGCUGAUGGGAAGAAACCGGGCUUCUUAGCCAAGCUAGCCAGCCAUGCCGCUCAUCUGUUCACCCAGGCCGCCGAGGGUGUACAGGAAAACGUUACCAAGGGAAUAUUUGAGAAGGUAUGGUGGAUUCUGACUUCUGCAAAGGCCUCACAUAUGUCUUCCUUGGCUUCUUACUACCAAGCCAUGGCUGAUGAGGAGGGCGGGAUGUACGGGGUGGCCAUUGCACGGCUACAGAUAGCAGAGAAGGCCUCAACGGCGGCAAUUAGCAUGGCGAAGUCGUUCCCAUCAUCCGUACCCUCUGGCUCUAAUCUUACUUCCGAAAAUGGAAUGGUGCUACUGGACAUGGUACGACGGCAGCUGUCUACCGUUCAAGAAAAGCUACCGUCAAUGAGGAAAGAUAAUGACUUCAUUUAUCACCAACAAGUUCCAGCAGAAGCAUCGGUCUCACCGGUUGCCAAGCUGCCAGCUGCAAAAGCUAUUCCUGUCAGUGAACUGUACCAAGGCCAGGAUAUCCAGCGGAUAAUUGGACCGGACAUAUUUCAGCGAAUAGUGCCAAUGUCCGUUACCGAGUCCGCAAGUUUGUACGACGAAGAGAAGGCCAAGCUUGUCCGCGCUGAAACAGAAAAGGUUGAAGCUGCCAACGGAGAGAUGGCAGCCAGUUUAGACUACCUGAAGCUACCUGGUAGCUUAGACAUCCUCAAGGGGGGUUUGGACGACCAGCUGGCUGCUGAUGAAGAGUUCAGGACCUGGUGCGAAGAAGUCUCUUGUCAGGAACCGUUUAGAGGCACCCUUGAGGACCUACAGGACGACAAGGCCUCAUUGCUUUCCACUCUGGAGCAAUGUACCAAGCAGCUGGACACUGAGGAGAGCGUGUGCGAGAAAAUGCGCUCAAAAUACGGAGCCGACUGGACACAGCAACCAAGUUCGCGCCUUACCUCGACCCUGCGGUCAGAUAUAAGAAGCUAUCGUGAGACCAUUGAUGAAGCCAGCUCGAGUGACUCCCAACUACUGGUUACUCUACGGCAACAUGAGUCGGACUUUGAGGAAAUGCGUGCAGCCGGCGAAGCCGGUGAGGCAGAUAUUCUUUUCCAGAAGGCGCUUAUUGCAGCCGGCUCGAAGCCAGGGAAGAAUGGUGCUGUGCCAGGGAGCCCAUAUAGCAAUAGAGCUCCUGAGGGAAACCUUUUGGAAGCAGACUAUGGGGAAGGAGGCCUAUCUGUAGCAGACCAGAUUGCAAGAGUUGAGGAGCUGCUUCGGAAAUUGAACCUUGUUAAGAGGGACAGAAUGCAGACCUUGAAGGACCUAAAAGAAAAGGUUCACAAUGAUGAUAUCUCCAACGUUCUUAUUCUCAACAAGAAGUCAAUUGCCAACCAAGAGGACCAGCUCUUCCAAACAGAGUUAGAGAAGUUUAGGCCUCAUCAAAACCGGCUCCUUCAAGCAAAUCAUAAGCAAAGUGGUCUUAUGAAAGAGUUGGCCAAGGUAUAUGGUGAUCUGCUACAGGACAAGCGCGUGAGGGCAGAGAAGUCAAAAUAUGAAGUCCUCACCAAGCAGCGGAACUCCGUGACAUCCAAGUACAGAAAGGCACAUAAAGCAUUCAACGAGCUUCUCAACGGCUUAAGCCAGGCUCAAGCGUUCUAUAUGCAGAUGCGCGACACAAUCGACAAUUUACAGCAGAACGUUGAGACUUUCCUCAACAACCGGCGGUCCGAAGGAGCCCAGCUGCUUAGCCAGAUCGAACGGGAUAAAGCUGCCCAAGCAUCAGGCCACGAAGAACGUGAACGAGAAAAGUUGAAGAACUUGAUGGAGCGGCUAUCAGUUGAUCCAGCGUCUUCGUCAUCUACUCCACCUCCUCCAGCACCCAAACGGACAGCCAAUACAGCCAAAUCACCUACCCACUCAGGCCUGCCACCACAGCAACCUCCAACCCGAUCCCCUAUCGCAGCCCAAUACCCUCCCUCCACUUCAACCGGUUACCCACCCAUUGCCUACCCAAGCAAUAAUGGCAUGUCGCCCACUGAUGGUUACCCCCCUCAACAACCAUACGCCCAACAUGUGAACCCGGAAGCAUACAACCCCAUGGCCUACCUGUAUCAACAACCACCGACCUCUCCUCCCCCACUGCAACAAUACUACGCCAGCCCGUCCUCAUAUGGUGGCUAUCCAGGCUCAUCACCCAUACCUCAACCCCAGAUCCCACCAAGCCAUACUCCUCAAUAUUUACCGCAAGGCUACGUGCCUCCUCCGCCACCCCCACGCCACUCCCCAGUACAAUAUAACUCACCUGGCCAGGGGCAAGGGGGAUACCAACAACCAACCAGCAACUAUCCUCCCAGCCAGCCAUCCCACCGGGCAAACCAACCUUCUCAGUCCCAGGCUCAGAAUGACCCAUGGGCGGGACUGAAUGCAUGGAAGUAA